AGACUUGAAUCCCGAAGAGUAAUUCCAGAGAGAGAGAGAGAGAGAGAGAGAGAGAGAGACCAUAACACGCAGUAAGGAUGUCUUUAUAUAGAGACCACGAAAUCUUCAUGUAGAGACUACAAGACCGGUGGUUUGAGGUGUGGUUUGGUGGCUGAGGCACCUGAGCUCGUGUUAGGUAGGAAAGGAGGAGGUGGGUUCAUGGAGGAACUCUUCAUCAUCUCCGGGAACUUUUUGGUGCAGGUCACGUAUGGGGUGUACAUGGUGUUCCUGAAUGGCGUCUUUAAUGCCGGCGUCAACCCGUUGUUCCUCGUUGUCUUCGGGAACUCGGUCACCGCCGUCGUCCUCCUCCCCUUUGCCCUAGCUUUCGAGAAGAAGAAAUGGCCGACCAGGUUGAGUGCCACGUUGUUGUCUCAUUUUCUUCUGCUUUCCUUGGGAGGGGUGACCUUAUUUCAAGCUCUAAUGUUGGUGGGAAUCAAGAAAGCAUCUCCAGAUGUUGCCUCUGCAAUGCCUAACUUGACUCCUGGUCUCAUCUUCAUAAUUUCAGCCUGCCUCAGGUUUGAGAAGUUUGAUGCAUGUUGCUGGUACAGUAGAGCCAAGAUCAUGGGGACUCUGGUGUGCUUGGCUGGGGUACUCACAAUGUGCUUCUUGCAGGGCACAUCUGAGACACCAAGGUUGGCAAACAAUUGGUCAUUUCUCUUGGCUAAGCCCUUGACAUUGGACAAGGCCAUCAACAAAGACUGGGUGCUUGGCUGCUUCUAUCUUUUGGCAGGGGUUUUUAUCUUGUCCUGCACCACUGUUCUGCAGGCUGCAACCAUGCUGAAAUUUCCAGCACCCUUGUCCUUGGUUGUCAUAACCUCUGUGAUGGGCUCCUCUCUCACUGCACUGCUGCAGCUCAUAACUGAAGGCAAGAUCAGUGUUGGUCCUACCACCAUGAGCAUCACAAGCAUUGUGGCAAUUGUGCUUCUGGGUGGAGUUGUGAUGGGCACAUGCAUGGCAUUCCAAGGCUGGUGCAUCACUAAGAAGGGUCCAGUCCUGGUUUCCAUCUUCUGCCCCAUCCAAACAGUCAGCACUGUUGUUGUUUCAGCUGCACUCUUAGGACAGAUCAUUAGCCUCGGAAGCCUAGCAGGAAUAGUCCUCAUGUUUGCAGGACUGUACAUUGUUUUGUGGGCAAAGAAGAAUGAAACUUUCAGCAUGCUUGAUGUGGAUGCUGAGCCAGAGGUGCUUGUUGAAGAUGUUGAGAAGCCACUGCUGUCUUGACUCCAGGGGCAAGUAGAACUAGUGUGAGAUAUGCACUAACUCAGUCAUAAAAUGCAGAGUCCAUGAGACCUGCUUUGACAAGGUUCUGCCUUGAUGGAGAAGAAGAAUGAACCAUACCUUAUCUGA